GUUUUUUUUUUUUAUUUUAAGGAAAGGUUGAUCUGAGGAAUCACGAACCUGGUCCAUAGUUCCACCGAAAACUGGGGCAGGCUUCUUCUGCUGCCCAUAUAUGUCAGAAUGACCAACACCACUUCCUAACUUGCUUACCCAACACAAAAUACAAUAAUGUCUCUGACUUCACUUUACCAAGUUGUAGACAUCUCUCCAGGUAACGGGAAUCAGGAACCCCUGUUGGCUGUUAACGUAGAAGCAGCGAAAGAUGGGGCAGAAGCCAAGUUUAGGAUACGAAAUUUGACUAAGGUUUCUGAUGCUGGGGUGCCCAUAUUGAAUGGAAUCAAUAUGGACAUACCUAAAGGGAUGAUUGUGGGGAUUAUAGGCCCUAGUGGAAGUGGAAAGUCGACGGUUUUGAGGGCACUUAACAGAUUGUGGGAACCACCUUCUGGGACCGUGUUUCUUGAUGGUCAUGAUGUUAAGGAUCUUGAUGUUCUUGGCCAUCGCAGGAAAGUUGGGAUGCUCUUUCAGCUUCCUGCUCUUUUUGAUGGCACGGUUGCAGAUAACAUACGAUAUGGACCACAAUUGAAGGGGAAGAAGCUUACCGAUGACGAGGUUUACAAGUUGCUUUCGCUUGCAGACCUUGAUUCUUCCUUCUACAAAAAGGCUAGCAAUGAGUUAUCUGUCGGUCAAGCUCAAAGGGUUGCGCUUGCUAGGACCCUAGCUAAUGAACCAGAGGUUUUGCUACUGGAUGAGCCAACUAGUGCAUUGGAUCCAAUUUCAACACAGAACAUAGAGGAUGUUCUUGUAAAAUUAAAGAAACAACGAGGGCUGACAGUUGUUAUUGUCUCUCACAGCAUCAAACAGAUCCAGAGGAUUGCUGAUGUAGUUUGCCUCCUUGUGAAUGGAGAAAUUGUUGAAGUUUUGAAACCUGAUGACUUGUCUGAAGCCAAGCAUCCCAUGGCACAAAGGUUCCUUAAACUCGGUUCUUAAGACUUAUUUCCCGAUGCUUUAAUUCAGGCGAUUGCCCUAAAAAUGAUAUCUAGCAAUGCAAGUAUCCUUCUUCUUCCUUUUAAUAUACUGAUGAUCAUGUCAGCAUUAUCAAAAUAUAUUUCUAUUAAUUGCUUUGUGAUGAAUAAUUUCUUACCAA